AUUACCGAAAUAAGAAGAUAAGGGUAUUUUAGUUGCAUGAAAAAAUAUUUAUAUGUCAUAACCAUAUCUGUAUGGGCACGAUCAUAUAGUUUCAGUAAACUAUUGGGAUGACCUGGUGAUUUUCCCACCAAACACCCAUGCCCCUCCCGGCUUCCUUGGGGCAAGUAAAUUGUAAAACCGUUGAGUCUCUGACGAAACACGAACUGAUUUGUUAUUGUUGUAUAACUUUCUUGCAGUUUCUUGCUGGGUUUUCGUAGUUGUAAUGAAGACACUGGCAAGUAAUCACAGGUGGAGAACAAUUUCAAGGGGAGCUACAUACACCUGGUUGCCUUAUCCAAGCUUCACCACUACCUCCAGGAAGAGAGUUCAAGGCAUCAGAAUGCAUCAGAAAAAUGUAAAGAAAGCGAAUUUGUAUGCAGCUAGAAAGGAGAGUAUUAAGCUUCCAAACUAUGAUAGUGAUUGUGGGGGCAACUAUCAUAUUAGGGAAUUUUUAAGUCACCCAUCUGGGAUUGAAGCAAUGUUGAACACUAGAGCCUUGCAGAGUUUUGAAUCCAUUGAAACUCACACAUAUAGGUGCACUCUGCCAAAAGUUGAACUUCUGAACUUUGAAGUCUCCCCGGUGAUGGAUUUACAAGUGAUUCCAACAGACGAAGAUUGUACUGUGCGGUUGCUUUCCUGCAAGUUUGAAGGUUCAAACAUCGUGGAACGCCAAAAUGACCAUUUUUCAGCAUUCAUGAUAAAUCAUAUUACUUGGUACACAAAUGAUUCUGAAUCAUUUUUGGAGGCUGACAUAAAGUUGAAUCUCUCUCUUGAGAUAUACACACAGCCAUUUACCUUGCUGCCUGUAUCAGCUGUUGAGGGCCCUGGAAACUUAAUGAUGCAAGCUCUACUCGAUAGGCUCGUACCAGUGCUUUUACAGCAACUACUACAGGAUUACAUCGAAUGGCUUGAGCAGAAAUUUGAAGACUCACCAUGAAUUUGGGGUUAAUGUUCUGCACAACUGAGAAAAUUUUCUAACUUCAUCACAAUUUAUUAUUUUGCUUCAGUUUUCCUACAUUAUGAUGUUCUUUGCGGUUGAAGCCAGUCACAAUUGUGAUUUGAAAUUAUAAUCCUAUGAAAACAUAGAACCCGUUUCUAAGGAUAGGAUGUAUACCAUAAAAUGCUAUGAGUUAAACAGUGUUAUCAUGCAAUUCAUUUUCUUUCUUUGUUA